CAUGCGCUCUUCGGCUUGGCGGUCGCUCUCUUUGCCCCUCGUGAAGAUGGCUUCGCGCGCGGGACCUCGAGCCACGGGAACCGAUGGCAGCGACUUCCGGCACCGGGAGCGCGUGGCCGAGCAUUACCAAAUGAGCGUAUCUCUCAAGUCUGAGAUUAAGAAGUUGAUCUACAUGCAGGUGGGCCUGUGGCUGUUGGUGGCAGCACAGAUGUGCGUUGCUCACUUCAAACUUCUACCCCAUGACAAGGUGGCCAUGCCUUACCAGUGGGAGUACCCAUAUUUGCUCAGUAUCAUCCCUUCCCUCUUUGGCCUCUUCUCCUUUCCCCGAAACAACAUCAGCUACCUGGUGAUUUCCAUGAUCAGCACCGGCCUCUUCUCAGUGGCGCCUCUCAUCUACGGCAGCAUGGAGAUGUUCCCGAUGGCUCAGCAGCUUUACCGCCACGGCAAAGCCUACCGUUUCAUCUUCGGUUUCUCUGCAGUCUCUGUCAUGUAUUUGCUGGUAGUGGUGGCAGUGCAAGUUCAUGGCUGGCAACUUUAUUACAGCAAAAAGCUCUUGGACUCCUGGUUUACCAGCACUCAGGAGAAGAAGAAGAAGUAAACAAGGGGUUGGCAGCUGCAUGCAUCAACACUCGCUUGGAUGGAGGGGUGGGGAAGAGGGAGAGGUCUCCUGAGGGAGAGGGAGAUAGUGCUCUUGGGUUUCUCUCACAUUCAUGCCGAGCAAAUGGGAGAUCCAGCUGCCUGAAUGAACAUUGAACUAGGUUCUGUGGUUUUACAGCUUGUGUGAUUUACAACUGGGAGUUGUAGGCUUUGGAAGGGAUUGAGGGGAUCCUCCUUCCAAAGGAGAGGCAACUGAUUCCCUUUAGAGCAGGGGUGUUAAACCUGCGGCCCGUGGGCCAUAUGUGUCACGUGCUGGCCACACCCACCCCCGUUUUAGUGAACGGGGAAAAAAGUUGUGAUACGUCACAUGACGACAAUGUGUCGUCACGAGCUUGACAACCCUGCUUUAGAGAUAACGCUUUCCUCACUUGACUUAGGCAGAUGAGACUUGCUGGAGUCUCCUGUUGGUUUGAACAAGCCAAUAUUGCACUUUAAAAGAUUCACCUGUGCACUAUCUUGAAUUACGCUGUGAAUAAUUGAAUCCUAGUAGGAAUAGGAUAGCAGCACACAGCAAGGCUAGGAACCCCUUCCUUCCUUCCUUCCUCCCUCCCUCCCUCCCUCCCUCCUUCCCUCCCUCCCUCCCUCCCUCCCUCCAACUCCCACUUCAGAAUAUUAUAGGAUCCAACCAAGAGAUGUUUGUUGUGUGUGGUCAUGCUCCCAGGAGUAGCUACUUACCCUGGUGGUAAGAGCUGCCACCCAAUUUUACUCUUUCUCCAGCCCUACCAACAACGGACUGUUGGUAGGGCCAAGCAUUGAGACCUCCCCUGCUGAAUUUCCCGUCAGCUUGACUUGCUGCCUUCCCCUGUAGCCAGCCCAGCCUUGGAGUGCCCCACCCACGUUCCAGGGACUGUUUGCCUUUUUUACAAGCUGCCUAGGUGUUCCAGGAAUGGCUGCCGCCACCCAUCUCUGCUCUCAUGCUUGUGAACCAAAUAAAGUGCUAUCUUAAA